AGGCACUCAAAUGUUCGGUUGUACCAAAACACACACACACACACACACACACACACACACACACAGACGCACACAGUCACACAGUGAGGCUGUGAGGCUAAUAAACCAUCAAGAACUCCAGAACCCUGUUCUUUUCUGCCAUAUUUCAGUUUCGUACUCGCUUCUGCAAACUUUACAAGGUGUCUCAGAGAGAAAUGGCUGAAGGAAAGGAGGUCAACAUCAUGUCCGUGGAGCAAGCGAUUCAGAGAGAAUUGGCAUAUAGGAAAAAGAUUGCUUACUUCUUGUCUGAGGCAGAAUUUGCAGAGCUGUUACCUUUGGAGGUGCCAUCUUCAUCUAAAGCUACAAUUCCAGAGCCAAAUGUCUCACAAUUUCUCAGGCAGAGUUUGAGGUCACCUACCAUAGCACGGCCUACAUCAAACCCCAGAUCAAGCCUCACCAGUGCAGCAGCAAAUGAUUUGACAUCUUCGGGUCCUAAUCUUAAGCAAUCACCAGUGCCAUCUUCAUCUAAAGUAACAAUGCCAGAAGCAAAUGCUACACAUAUAUUAGGGCAAAACUUCAUCUCACAUGCUGGACAAGGUUUUGCAUCAAACAUGAUUUCACGUCCGAGCAUAAGCAUGGUUUCAGCAGAUGAAAUAAGGCCUUCAGUUACUAAUGUCAAGCCAUCUCCAGUUCCAGGUCAGAAUCCAAGUCCAUUUUCAGUGUCUACUCAGAACAGUGCAUCAAUUCACUCAGUGAUGCCAAUGAAAGCGACUCCCAGCAGCUUCAACUACCUUUCAAAUCAACACCAAAAGCCAUAUUAUACUAGUGAUGGACCUAAAACAUUCUGCAAGAUUUGUCAAGUCAGCUGCCCAAGCCCAUCAUGUUACAAAAUGCAUAUCAAAGGUCACAAGCAUAAAGCUAAGCUGAGUUACAUGAAAAUGUGUGGGAAUGGGAUGGUUAAGGAGAACACAAAAGAGCAACCAAGAUGUGACCUGUGCCAAAUUUUGUGCACUGACCAAAUUAGUUUAGAUUUACACUUCAAAGGUCAAAAGCACAGGGCCAAGUUGCAAGAACUCGAAGUUGGUAAGAAACAGAAAACCCUCCAGCACUUCUGGUGUGAAUUGUGUCACGUUCCUUGCAACAGUGAAGAGAUUUAUAGGCUUCACUUGAAGGGGAAGACCCAUGCUGCCCGUCUAUGUACUUCCGAGAAACAGAAGAAGGCAACAUAGGAAGCAGGAGCAGCAUUUGAGCAGUUAAGUUUGCAUUAGGGCAACGUAAUAAGCACUAGUCUACUUUUUUGAACUGCCUAAUUGCUUCACUUUUGCCUGGAUUUAAUGCUUUGUGGCAAAAAUCUUUACAGUGUGUUGCUGAUCAUUUGUCGUUGGUACUUAUUGACAUCUAUAAAUGAGCUCUAUAACUUGAAUUCUUCAGGCAAGAGAGAUUUAUACUCCCAUUUUGGAAUUCUAAGUUGAUACGCUUGAUGGAGCAGAUAUUAUUGAACUGAACUGAUCUAGAUUCAUUGUUAUGAAUCUGUUGCAUCUAUGGAAAUUUAUUAUCAGCCUCUUGAA